ACUACAAUGCUGUCUCUCUAUUGCUCUGUCUCUUUCUCACACACAAAGGAGGAGCCUUUCACUUUUGUUUCUCCUAAAAAUCUCAACUUUAAGCUUAACCCAUACCAAAGCUUAGUCUUUUCUCUACAUUUAAGCUGAACCCAGAGGCCAUUUAGCUGUAUUGAAGCUGAUCCCAUUCAUUGGUUUCAAUCUACAGAUGAGUUUGGUUCGUGGAAUGGAGUUUCUAUUUCUCUUGUAUCAUUUGCUUAUAUAAGUUGAGCAGUCCUGAAUUCUUCUUUCAUACAAUGGGAGUUGACAAAGAAGGUUCAAAAAAUGGAGGAGGUUAUGUAGGUGGAUUUUUUCAGCUAUUUGACUGGACUGCAAAAUCCCAGAAGAAGUUAUUCUCAAGCAAGUCGGAUUUCCCAGAGCGUUCAAAGCAGGGAAAGAGAAGUGAUGGAAACUUACCAAUGACACGACUCUAUCUGACAGAUGAGGAUGAAAUUGGAGCAGGAACAAGCAUCAAAGGAAGUAGUGAUUAUAGUUGUGCUUCCUCAGUUACAGAUGAUGAUAUGUAUGGAGCUAGGGCCCCUAGUGUAGUGGCCAGGCUUAUGGGAUUGGAUUCCUUACCCACGUCUUCUGAGCCCUACUCCACCCCUUUUUUUGACACUCAAUCUCUUCGAGAUGGUCAUUUCCGAAAUAGAAAACUUAAUUAUCAUCAUGACCAGAAAAUAGUUUAUCCUGGAGAUCUAUUCAAUAAGAUGGAGGGCCCUUCCAGGAACUUUGAGGAGUCAAAGCCUCAGAAGAUAGUCAGCAAGCCUAUAGAGAAAUUCCAAACUGAAAGUUUGCCUUCUAAGGCAGCUAAAUCAAUUCCAGUUACCCACCAUAAACUUUUGUCUCCUAUAAAAAGUCCUGCUUUUAUUCCUACUAAGAAUGCUGCUCAGAUAAUGGAAGCAGCUGCACGAAUUAUUGAGCCUGGACCCCAAGCCAUUACUAGAGCCAAAAUGCCUCUGGUUGGAUCAUCCUCAGUGCCUGUGAAAGUUCGCGAUUUCAAAGAAAAAAUGGAGGCUGCACAGAAAAUGCCUCUCAUUGGAUCUUCUUGUAUGCCCUUGAAAGUUGGAGAUUUAAAAGAGAAAGCAGAAGCUGCACAUAAAACAUCCAGGCUUGCCGAAAUGACUAGAAGGCCAAUCGAGUCAAAUGCUGCCAAUUAUCUUAAAGGACGAUCUUUGAACAAGAGCUGGAAUGCGUCAAUAGACACAACAUCACCCAGGACUUCUGAUACAGAAGAAAUUUAUUCUGUUUUAAAGAGUAAGGCGAAGUCUAUUUCACUUGCAAUCCAAGCAAAGGUCAAUGUGCAGAAAAGAGAAGGAUUGACUUCAAGCAGCAGCCGAAGUUUGUUAGGGCAGAAAGACCAGAGUGAAGUUAAGUCAAAUCAACCCUCCAAGAGCCAACCAAGAACUCAAAAAGUUUGCAUAAGAAAUCUUCAAUGCACAAUGGUUGGUGUACUCAGGAGGAACAAUCAGAAGCAAAAUUGUAUGGUGGACAAGGACAAAUUACCUUCAAAGCCCAUUGGUUCCACCUUGCACAGUAGUAAAGUGCUUUCUGGGGAUUCUGCUUCUGGGCAACACAAAACGUUAGGUAAAUCUGUUGGGAAUUCCAAAACUGGCUCAAGGAAGUUGAGCUUGGGUACAUUGGAUAGCGAGAAAGGAGGUCCAUAUUCAGGUACAAAUAACCCAAGGAAGAAAAGAUCGAUUGAUAGGGAUUUCCAUCUUGAGAAUAAUAAGGUUGUUGAUAGUGUGUUGAUUGCAAAAAAUGGUAAGGAAGAUCAUCCUGUUACUGAAAGGAACUUCAGCUGGGUUGAAGAUAGCAAGAAGAAAGGCAUGGAUGUUGUUUCUUUCACAUUCACAGCCCCACUUACUCGGUCACUGGAAACAUCUGCUCAGAUUACACAGAGAAAUAACAGCAUUUGCAUGGAUAAUCGGGGUAAGAGAUUGUUGCUUGACAGGGAGAGUAUGAAGUUGUCUUCAUUGGGAUAUAAUGUGAUAGGAGGAGAUGCUUUAAGCAUGCUUUUGGAACAAAAGCUUAGGGAAUUAAGUAAUGCCGUCGAAUCUUCCUGUCACAAAUCUCUCAAUUCAAGAUCAGCUUUUACUUCUGCAUCAAUCUCACAAGAUCUGGGGCACACUCCUAAUACUGUUAGUACCAUGAGUUGUUACAGUUCCGACCUUUCCUCUACUGAUCUUCAACUGCUCAGAUUGAAACACAAGUUUCAGGGAGAUGAUGAGAUGGAUGAAUGCAGCAGUAGCCAUCUUGAUGCUCAGCAACCUAGUCCAGUUUCUAUCCUUGAACCUUCCUUUUCAACCGAAAGCUGCAACUCUUCUGAUAGCACAGAUAGUUUCAGCAUAGAAGGAAGCAAGCAAUGUUCAUCUGUUCAAGCUCAGGAAGUUCUUGGGCAGAGUUCUUUGAAGAAGUUACACUCACUAGAAGCUGAUACAGAGUUAUCAGAUUCUGCUUCUUCUUUAUCUUGUGGAACUAUGGCUAAAAGGGAAUCAAAAAAUGGUUAUGUCAGAUCUCAUGAAUUCAGUAAACUGGGAACUAGAAUAUGUGAAGCUGAUACUUUGCAAUGUGGAAUUAAUGUCAAGGACUUUGUCUUAGGCCAUGCUCAGGAAAUAAUAAACCCUCAUCUUUUCGAUCAGUUGGAAAGCCGAAGAGGAGUAUUUGGAAGUGAUGGGGGGGAGUCUAGGCUGGAACGGAAGGUACUAUUUAAUUUAGUCAGUGAAUGCGUAGACUUGAGAUGCAGGCGGUAUGUGGGUGGGGGAUUUAGAACAUGGGCAAAAGGGAUGACAAUUCUGAGAAGAAAUGAGCGGUUAGCUGAAGAAGUGUACAAGGAGAUUUCAGGGUGGAGAGGCAUGGGAGACUGUAUGGUGGAUGAGCUUGUGGACAAGGACAUGAGCAGUCAAUAUGGAAAAUGGGUGGAGUUUGAAGCUGAUGCAUUUCUACUUGGAGAAGACAUUGAUGGUCAAAUACUGAAUGCUUUGGUUGAUGAGGUUGUUACUGAAAUCUUGCAGUUUUAA